UCUUCUGCUACAGUGACACGCGAAUGAAAAACAGCUGUAUAAUAUUUUAGGUUAAAAAACGUGAAAAAGAACAUUUAUUUUCUUAAUGUAAAAAAAUAAAUAAUAAUUUUUCCCUUAACAUAAUGGAUAUAAAACAAAAAAUCAUAGAAAAAUUCAACGCGCAAUUGGGAUCGAAUUUGAAAAAUCUUGAAGAGAUUUACGAUUUCCAUGAACAUCUCAAAACGGAGAAGGAUGAGAUUAAAAAAUCAUUAUCAAUGGCAUCGACUACUGCUCCCUCCAAAGUAAAAAGAGUGAUUGAAAAUGUGGAACGUAUCAGUGAGGAAGUUUACCUUUUGCAUAACUACUGCGCUGAUUUGACUAAAAAAAUUGAAGAAACAUUUAGCGAAAACGAUAAAAAUAUAAUGUUGCAGGAAAGUAUUGACAAAAUAGGUCAGCUGGACAAAUCGUUAUCCUAUUUAUAUUUCAUAAAGUAUAUAGAAAACAUCAGUGAUGAACUAGAGUCUUCAUUGUCGUCCAACGACGACGAAGCUAUGAUAAAUUUAUAUACCAAUUUGACAAGCAUCAGUUGCCAGCUGCAAACAUCUGACUGUCGUCACCUGGUUAAUUAUGUUCAUGAAACUCUACAUUUUUGGCAUAAUCUAAUCAAGGAGAAAUUAUCAAAGGAGUAUAAUGAUUUAUUGAAGACACUAAAAUGGCCUUUUUGUGGAACCAAUGUUACUUCACUAAAUGCACCCCUGCCAGAGAUAAUGACGAGAUUUAAAAUACUGACUAAAUACCUUUUUCAUCUACAACUACCGGAAGAAAUGGCAAAACCUGUAGUAACGUCUGCACUAUUAACAGACUUUGCGCCAGUCAGCUUGCCCAUCGCUCUUCUAGUACGUCCUCUUCGACAAAGGUUUAUUUAUCAUUUCACAGGAGCCAAAUUGACAAACCGUCAAGAUAAGCCAGAAUGGUUCUUUACACAAAUAUUAACUUGGAUUAAAGAUCAUGUUCAAUGGGUGCAAAAAUACAUUCAACCUACAGCAGAUUCUAUAGGUUUUGAGUACUUAGAUAUAAAGGCUGAAUUUAUGCGAGCUCUAGUUCAAUUAGCUGUUGAGAAACUUCAUUCCGAAUUACCUAUAGCACAGUAUGACGACAAUUUAUUUGCACACUUGGUGGACGAAGCUUUAGGAUUUGAGAGAGAAUUGCGAGAGGCUCUGUUAUAUCCUCAAACUCAACCGGCAACUGUUUUCGUUCUUACGCAAGCCCACAUUUUUAUAAAAUGGAUUAACAUGGAGAAAAAGUAUGCAACCGAAAAAAUGGAUGCAAUAUUAAGCUCGAGCACAGCGUGGGAAAAACUAGCGAAUGCCGAAAUCGAUGAUAUGAAGGUCACCGAGUGCGCUGACGCUUUUCUUACACUUCUCACCACAAUCUCUGACAGAUAUAAACAUUUGCCUCAGCCUGGACAUAGAUUGCAGUUUCUCGAGUUGCAAUUAGAAUUGAUUGAUGAUUGGAGAGUGCGAUUAUUGCAACUGUUGCACGAAAAUUGUGAAGAUCCAUUAACAUCGCUCAUGCCACAUAUUCUUAACACAUUACACUAUGUCGCGACUGUUUUGGAAGAAUGGGGCGUGACUGUUCACUUUUUACAACUGCAAUUUUUCAAAAAGCAAUUUGAAGCUGUGGAAAAUGCCACUGACAGGGGCAGCGAUGUUAGUGAGAACAUUGGAGAAGUGGAGGGCACUGUGUUCGACGAGGCUGUAGCUCUCUUACAACGAUUGGAAAGAGAAUUGAUAAUUGAGAUCAGCGACUCGGUGGCUUUAGAUGUAAAGGCAAAAAGUAGAGCUUACAGAACCGACAAGUGGUUUGCAAUGCAGUCUUCAAAAGAAAUUGCUUCAUUAUCGGUAACACCGAGUGGUUGUCCCAUGUUUCAGGAAUUAACAACACGUCUUCACGUAUUACACAAUGCUCUUGCCUUGCCAUUGUUUAAUCAAGCUUGGAAGAAUUUAGCUGUUCAAUUCGAUCAAUUUCUUUUCGAGGAAGUUGUUUUGGUCAAUCGUUUUAAUAAUGGCGGUGCUGAACAACUACAAUACGAUGUUAUAAGAAAUCUGUUUCCAUUAUUUGGUUUAUAUGUCAGCAAGCCAGAAUCAUAUUUUCUUUUGAUAAAAGAAGCAUGUAUACUUUUAAAUAUUUUAAUCGGCUCAGCAAUACUGCUUCAAGAAGCGUUAAAUAAUAACGAUAAAGCUACAUUGACAGAAGUUUUAGCAGAUGUUGGUGUGCAUAAGAUGUCUCCUGAACUUGCUCUCAAAGUGAUAGCGACCAGAACAGAUAUUAUUUGUGUAUAAAAAAAGAAUCCUUUGAUAUAUAAUUGUAAAAAUGGAAUUUAUCAUAUAGCAUGACUUGCAUGUUUUGUACAUAUCUCGUAAAUUCAACACAAGAGUGUUAUUCCACCAUUGUCAGCGCCUAAUAACAGUAAUCGAUUGAGAGGAAGGACAGCCAUGGCAGUAAGAACACCUUUGAAGGCGUCGGAUCUCAAUUUGGAUGAGGAAAACGAAGUGGUCAUUUCUACAGCGGUAUAAACGCCGAUUCGAUUCGCUGUCGUGCCUAUUACUAAUUCUUGUUCAUGCAUCGCCAUGCAGUGAACAGGUUCUGUUGCCCCUCUGAAAAAUUAUGGAAUAAUUUAUGUAAAUAUAUUUUGUAUGUCUAAUGUUCUGUUUAAGAGUAAUGAUAUUAUACAUUUUUUCUUACUUCA